CAGAAGACGAGCCGGCUUCUCUUCCGUUCAUCGUUUACUUAUUUAAUCCCAUCCUUUGCCUACAAAAGCAGAACACCAUUGCUGCACCUUCAUCCAUUUGUUUCAUCUCUUCUUCUCAAUCUCAACUCCGCAAGAUCUCACCUUUUCACCCCCUUCCAUCUAUGUGCCGAGGUCCCCGAAAGCCAUCUCCACCUCCCUCUGCUCCAUCCUUGAUGGACGCCGCCGUUGCUACCAUAAAGCCGCCGCCUUUAGCUUCACCGGAGUCGGAAUCCAAUUUUCUCCUCGAACUCGCUGCAAACAACGACCUUUCCGCCUUCAAGCAAGCUGUCGAAGAUGGCGCCGUCUCAUUCGAUAUCUCCGCUCCAUGGUACUCUCGCUCAGUGGGCCCCACCUCCUCUCCAACACGACGCAUGGCAUACGCUAAUCGGACUCCGGCGAUGAUCGCCUCCCUCUAUGGCAGCACUGACGUGCUGUCCUACAUCCUCAGCUGUAACUCUGUAAACGUUAACCGCCGCUGCGACGCCGAUGGCGCUACCGCUCUCCACUGCGCCGCAGCCGGUGGUUCUCCGGCGUCGCUCGACGUUGUAAAGCUCCUCAUCAAUUCAUCCGCUGACGUGGAUGCUGUGGACGCCGCCGGUAACCGCCCCGGCGACGUUAUCGCUAAACAAUUCUCCGCUUCCAUGGCUAAAGACCUUGAGAUUCUUCUCAAAGCCCCGUGCCCUAGGGUUUCCUCUCCUUCGAAGAAGGAAUACCCUCCGGAUUUAACUCUCCCGGACAUCAAAAACGGGAUCUAUGGAACCGAUGAGUUCCGUAUGUAUACCUUCAAGGUGAAGCCUUGCUCGAGAGCUUACUCCCAUGACUGGACUGAGUGCCCGUUUGUUCACCCCGGCGAGAACGCCCGGCGACGCGAUCCCAGAAAGUACUCUUAUAGCUGCGUUCCUUGUCCCGAUUUCCGUAAAGGUUCGUGCCUGAAAGCUGAUUCAUGUGAAUACGCACACGGGGUGUUUGAGUGUUGGCUUCACCCAGCACAGUAUCGUACUCGUCUCUGUAAAGAUGAGACUGGAUGCAGCCGACGUGUUUGUUUUUUCGCCCACAAGGUGGAAGAGCUUAGGAUGGUUAACCCCACCACAGCUUCUGUCGCUGGCCAUGUUUUGUCUUCUCCGAGAUCAUCGGCCAUGGGCGUUUCUUCUCUAGACAUGAUGGCUGCUCUUAUGAUGCCGAUGUCGCCUUCAGCUUCCUCAUCAGCCACGGCGUGGAUGAAUACUUCUUCUGCUAGUAGCCGGCUGAAGGCAAGCCUGAAUGCAAGGGACCUUGAUUUCGAUCUCGAAUUGAUGGGUAUCGAAGGUUACCAGCAGAAGCUGCUUGAUGAAAUCUCCACCAACGCUGCAUCUCCUCGAUCAAACUGGAAGACUAAUUCUUUCAACGCUGCUUCUGAUUACAAUGAUUUGUUUGGCUCCAUCGACCCUUCUAUGCUGUCCCAACUGCAAGGUCUCUCCUUGAAGAGCGCUACCGGCUAUGGGCACAAUAUGCCUUCUUCUCCUACCGUGUCUGGGUCUUCUUCCUUUGGACUUGAUCAUUCGAUGGCAAAGGCCAUCAUGAAUUCAAGGCAGGCAGCUUUUGCAAAGAGGAGUCAGAGUUUUAUCGACCGAGGGGCUGUUCCUCGUCAUAUUCCAGCUCUUUCAUCUCCAUUAACAUCGGCUGCGCCAAGCUCGCCGAUUGCUAUAUCUGACUGGGGUUCUCCUGAUGGGAAGUUGGACUGGGGCAUUCAAGGAGAUGAGUUGAACAAGCUCAGAAAGUCUGCAACUUUUAAUUUCCGCAGCAAUGGAACUAACAAUUUUGGUACCAAGGCACCUCCUUCGGAUGAGCCUGAUCUCACCUGGGUCCAGCAUCUGGUGAAGGAUGGACCGGCAGCCAUGGCUUUGCCACCAAUUGGUCGAAUGGGCCUGGAACAGCAGAAACAGUAUCAGCCUAACGGGGGAGUUCCUGGUGAUUUUCUCUCCUGGGACCAGCUUUAUUCAGAGCAGGAGAGGAUGCAGGAGGUGGCUUGAUCUUAAUUUUGGUCAUGACCUUCUUCACUCAAAAUCCUAACUAUUCGUAUUAUUUUGUUAUUUGUUUCUUUGGUUAUCUUUUCCUUGAUUCAAGUCUAUUAUUGUAUACCUUCUACUGAAGUGGCUACCUCUGCUGAGAAGAAAGGAUGCCCCAAGGGAUUCUGAACUGCCAAGAGGAUGGUUGCACUUGUUCUUUGAUUUAUAUAAGUUAUUACAAUAAUCUGUCUAGUAAAGAAAGGAGAGAAUAGCAGAGAGUUGUAGAAGUUGAAUAAUAUUGGAGUACUCUUAUUCUGUUAGAAUUCAGCUUUGCUUUCUCUGUUCUUAGGAAUGCCUUGUUCCCUUACCAGGGGUUCCUGUAUAAAUUUUUAAAUGAGAAUUGAAAUCCUUUUGUAUCUAUUUGUUUGGUUGAUCUUCAACUUUUGAUGAAAGCUGUUUCAGCUUUUUCAUAAGAAACCUGUUUGCUUUCUUU